AUGAAGAGCGAUGAAGAGUGGCCAACUAGUGAAGUGAUUACUAACGAAGAAGAAAUUAUGAAAGAAAAGCGAAAGAACAUUAUUUCGACUUUGGCCAAUAUCACCGCUGAAAAAUGGUAUCUGAUUUACUUUUCAAGUUACUUUAAAAUUGUGAGAAUGAUUUCUUGGAUUCUAAGAUUCAUAAAUAAUUGUAGACAUGGAGGAAGAAAUUAUGGCAAAACCCUGAGUGUUGAAGAAUUGAACAUUGCUGAGAAGAAAUUAGUGAAGAUCGUUCAACAAGAAGCAUUCUCUAGUGAAGAACAGUUGAAGGGACAUUUUACUUUCAGAGAUGAAGAAGGGAUUAUAAGAUUGAAAACGAAGAUUUUGAGAAGACAUGAUGAUGAAAACUUCCGGUGCCCCAUUGUACUUCCAUCCAAACAUGAAUUAGUAGAAAGAAUGAUACAAGACUACCAUUUACAACUUUUACAUGCUGGUACUCAAGUUCUUUUGACCAAUAUUCGUCAAAAAUUUUGGAUAAUAAAAGGAAGAAAAACAGUACAAGGAGUCAUAUCGAAGUGCGUUCGGUGCAAGAGACACUCGGCGAAAGCUCUUGAUACAGUGCCUUGUCCUCUCCCAGAAGAUCGAGUCAGAGAUGCUUAUGCAUUUGAGGUGACAGAAUUAAUUGAAAGCUUAUCAACUAAUGGAUUUUUUCUCGGAUUUAGAAGAUUCAUAGCACGAAAAGGACGGCCUAUAGUAGUAUACAGCGAUAAUGGCACAAAUUUUGUAGGGGCAAGGAAUUUACUGUCCGAUCUGUUGACUGGAACCAAAUUAUCAGAAGUUCUUCGACAAAUGAAAAUUCAAGUGGAAGUUAAAUCCACCAACCUGCAGCAUGGUGGGGCGGCUGGUGGAGAGACUGGUUCAGAUGAUCAAGAAAUUAUUGAGAAGAGUCCUGGGAAAAGCAUUACUUUCAUAUGA